CGGAAGAAGAGUGAGGAGACCUGCGCGCCAGCUGAUAAGGGAUCUCAGGAGAGCUUCUUCUCAGAAUACCUGCGUUCUCUGGACCCACCCGGUCCAGGGCUGCACUGUACAGUCUUGCUCACAGGCAGGGCUGCCUUGUUCCUGCCUCCCCUUGCCUAGUGAAAUGGUCACUGACCCCAAAGCUCCGGGGCAACUUCUGUGAACAGUAUCUCAGGUGGAGAAGGGAGCAGAGGCAGGGUCCAAAAUUGCUGCUCUGUCCGAGAAGGGAAGGAAAGGGAAGAUGGCUCUAGCCAAGGCAGCGACUACUAGAAGAGGAGAGGGAAGCCGGGCAGAAGUGCUGCCGGGGGUGAGGAGAUGAGCUCUCCUCGCACUAUGCUCCUCAGACGUCCGGAAGGUGUGCCUUUUGCCCACAGGUCCCUCCUCUGAAGGGCCGCACCAUGAACUCUUGGGACGUGAGCUUGGCUUGCCUGCUGGUGGGAAUGAUUGCUGUCUCGCUGCUGUCCAACGUGGUGGUGCUGAUCUGCUUCCUCUACAGCCCUGACAUCCGCAAGCAAGUGCCGGGGCUCUUCAUCCUUAACUUGACCUGCUGCAACUUGUUGAUGACCGUGGUCAAUAUGCCCUUGACCUUGGCCGGGAUGCUUAAUAAACAGCAACCAGGAGGAGACAGACUCUGUCACAUCGUGGGCUUCUUAGAAACCUUCCUGACCACUAACUCUAUGCUGAGCAUGGCUGCCCUCAGCAUAGACCGCUGGGUCGCCGUGGUCUUCCCUCUGAGCUACCACUCCAAGAUGCGCUACAAGGACGCUGCCCUCAUAGUAGGCUACACGUGGUUGCACUCCAUCUCCUUCCCCAUUGCCGCGCUCUCUCUCUCCUGGCUGGGUUUCCAUCACCUCUAUGCCUCCUGCACCCUGUACAAUAAGAGGCACGAGGAGCGGAUCCCUUUUAGUGUUUUCACUGGGGUUUUCCACGCCCUCAGCUUCCUCCUCUCCUUUGUCGUGCUGUGUUUCACGUACCUCAAGGUGCUCAAAGUGGCCCGAUUCCACUGUAAACGCAUUGAUGUGAUCACCAUGCAGACCCUGGUAUUGCUCGUGGACAUACACCCCAGUGUGAGAGAACGCUGCUUGGAGGAACAGAAGAGACGCAGGCAACGGGCCACCAAGAAAAUCAGCACCUUCAUUGGGACAUUUCUGCUUUGCUUUGCACCGUAUGUAAUUACAAGGUUGGUAGAAUUAUCCUACAUUGGCCCCAUCAGUUAUCACUGGGGAGUCUUCUCCAAGUGUUUGGCUUACAGCAAAGCGGCAUCAGACCCCUUCGUGUAUUCUUUAUUAAGGCACCAGUACAAGAAGAGUUGGAAGGACAUACUGAACAGGAUUCUCAAAAGAGGUUCCAUCAAUUCUUCAGGCCUCACAGGGGACUCACACAGUCAAAAUAUUUUGCAAAUCACAGAAUGAAGGAAAGUGCUCCAGUCAUCAGAAUAGAAAGUGGAAGCAUGGAUGGGGGCCAGAAGGGAAGACCUCCAAGAUAUUGAAUAAAAACCCAUCAUCAGCUCACCACCAUGCAAAGUACCAUAUCCAUCAACCUGUGGCUUGUCUGCUUUCCUGAGUAGACUGUUGUCUCGGCACUGCUUGGGAAAGCCAUGUCAAAGAGUGACACUGGAAAGGCUUUCUGUCCUUUUUCCUGAAGGCUUGAUUUAGCUUCCAGACUCCCUGGAGGCAGUAGAGCAGUUGGCCCAAAGUGUGAAGUCUCCCCAGGUGGCCCCAGAGUCCAGGCACUGAAGGAAGGUGGUCAUUUAAUUCAUGACUGGACUUUAGCUCCUCAGUUCAUUCUCUAGCCAGUGGGGAUUGUGCUCAGUGUUGUACUGUUAAAAAUAAUAAUUAUAAUUGAUUGUCUAUAGGAUAGGUCAGACAUUCAAAAAGGGAUUAUGGGAGUAAUGGCUUAUUUCAAAAAGCAUCAUGGAUUCAGGUCUACAGUCAUCCCUAUUAAUUUGUAGCUGCUAUAAUCGGCAUAAAUGAUGCUUGAUAUACUUAGGUUCCAUCUACACUCAUGCAAACUGGUUUGGGAAAAUUUUUUAAUUGUAUCAUAUGCUUGGUCAUGAACCUUGUUUUCCAAGUAAUCAGUUGUCAGACUAAGUUUAAUUUCAUUCCCAACUCCCUCACCUCUUACGUGUAUACAACCAUCCAGGACUGGUUUGUUUGGGUGGACAUUACCUUAGUGUAACAGUAACUCAAGUUGAUAGAUGACACCUUAAUUUAAUCCCAUUUGAAUGGACUGAUUCUAACACUAUUUUCUUCUGAUUCCUUGCUGUGGCCGAUUUGACUCUAUUUUGAGUUGGGUCAAAUUGAGGGACCAUAACUUACACUUCCUUCCAUUUACAAUGAUCCUGUGUUUUUGGGAAACAUGUCAACCUUGUCCUACCCAGUGACAUAUCUCAUUUGGUACUUUAAAGGAGGCAGAUGGGAGAGAACUUGUUUCUUUUUUUAUCUUAACCCUAAAUGAUUGUCUCCAACUUUGAAAAAAAGAAUAUAAGAUACAUUGAGCUGUUUGCCAGCUACAUUUGCUAAAUUCUAAAUAGAAUUAAACAUAGGCCAAGGAUAAGGCCACAACUGAAACUGGCCAGGGAAGCAAACCUUCCAUCCCUGUAUCCAGUCUUUCAGUCUCCAGUAGCCUUGUCUUUGCCAGAAAAAUGGAGAUGAGGGAGUUAUUGAAUUUGAUUAAUGCAAGCCAAAUUCAUCAGAAAUACUUUUCUAUUACACUUAAGGGAGAUAUAAAGAAUCAUUGUCAUCUUUUAUUCUUGGGCUUUGUAGAUAUCAUCAUAACAUUAGACCCCAGAUAGCCCUGAACCUGCUUAUAUUUCAUGAACCAUGGAACGAGGUAUGAAACUUAGAAUUCCACCCCUCCUGAGAAGGACUGACAUUCAUCAUUGAAUGGAUUCCUUUUACAAUAAAUUAUGGAUGUGUCUGUGGGAUGUAGCUAAAAACAGAAGGUUGACCUAAUACCUGAAUCCUUAAAAAUUAAAUUAAAAAUAACUCUCAUGUUAACAUAGCAUCUUAGUUUCCAAAGUGUUGGUAAGUAUUUGUAUUCCCAUUUAAAAAAUGACAAAGUUGAGUCUCACAGAGGUUAGUGGAUGUGCUCAUGAUCAGAUAAAUUUACUAGCAUAGAUGUUAGAACAGGGAUUAAAAUCCAAGUCUCUUGAUUCCAAGUCUAAGAAUCUUUCUGCUACACUGUGUUGGACUGGAUCUUGUGGAAACAGGCUGCAAAGCCUAAAGAGAAUUGGAAAGAAUGAUAACGUUGGCCAUGAUUAAAUAUAGAAAGGUGAGCAUAUACACAUCUAUGGGUAUUGCAUGUAUUUUCAUUUAUACAUAUAUACAAACACACACAUAUAUGUAUCUAAAUGUUUGUAUAUAAUAUGCAUGUGUAUACGGAGAGAGAGAGAGAGAGAGAGAGAGAGAGAGAGAGAGAGAGAGAGAGAGAGAGAGAGAGGUGAGCACACUGUGUGGUAGAGAUCAAGCGUUUGGAUUUUGGAUUGAGGAAGACAUGGGUUUAAGGGUCUUCUCUGACCCAAAUUGGUUCUGUGAUCCUGCCCAAGCAGGAAACUCUCUAAGAGGAGUAGUUGUUUAGACAGUUGAGUUUCAUCAAUAGGAGCUCCCUAUACCAAUUAAUCAAAGGUCUUGUCCAACAUAGAUUAUAUAUUUCACCAUACACACACACGCACACACAUGUACAUGCAGUGUGUAAACUUUGCCCCUAACUUCAAUAUCCCAGGUGAAUUAUCUACCUUAUUUCAGCAAAUCGAUUUAAUAAAUUUAACACCAUUUCUCAGGUAGGAUAAAAAGAAACAACCUCCCAGUAUUGUUAGCUAGAUUGCACCAUAUCAUGAAAUGUACAGUCUUUACUGGUUAGACACUGAGAGGUGGUAAAUUGAGAUAAAAAGUUUUAAAAUAAGAAAAAGAUAAGCAAUCAAAUUUGGAAACCUGUAUCUCGUCCUAUGUAGUUAAUCUCAUUUGAUCAGAUUUCCCUCAAGCCCCUGUGCUUUGUUAACUAUACUGUGACCUCAUUCAUUUAUAGGAUUUUCCUUGAUGUCAAAUGAGAUCUGGGUACACUAAAACUCAACUCAUUACCUCCCACACUGGGUAAGUUAGUGGUGCAUUUUAUUCCUAUUUUUAAAAUGCCCAGCUGACGUCCCAAAGGUUUCUCACUGAGAAUCUUGGCUGUCUUUUACAAUUAGAAAUGUACUGGAACACAAAAGAUCACUUGAGUCAUCUCAUACCAAUUGUUUAUCCUGUCCAGUCUUCGUUGGAGCUGGGCAUCACCAUAAGCAAUAAAAUUCUCUCCUUGUUUUCAUAACAAUUGGUUAUUCUUUAAUUUUACCUUUUUUUAAUAAGGAAAGUGGGAAGGACAUAGCUAAUUCAAAUAAACUCAUUUAAUAAUUUUGUGCAUAGGUUUUUGCAUGUUUCUUUGAAAUAUGCUAUGGAAGUGAAUACAUUGAACCUUUUCUCUGGCCGGAAGUAACCCUCAUAUGGGAUAAAAUCAUCACCUAUGACUGUGAUUAAUUAUGACGUUUAUAUUACAUGUUACUAGACAUACCUUGGAUAAAUGAGUGAGUACAGUAGGGAAAGGAUGUUUGUCAAUAUGUUCUCAGGCCCUGUCCCUAACUUUUAAGAGGUGACAAAUAUUAUCUCAAAAAUAGAGGUAACAUGCUAUAGGUAGCAUUUAAAAACUAGAUAUUGGCAGGGUUUCAUUUAUUCCCAGAAUUCUUGAAUGCUGCAUAUUCUAAUGUCUAAGAACUGAUUAUGGUAAUUGUCUUUUAGUGGGUUGAAAUGGAACACUCCAUUAAAAUUCUAAAAAUGCACUUUUAGAGAGACCAUUCAGUUUAAUAGUAGAAUGGGCUCAUCCUAAAAGAUCAAAAAUGAUUUGACAAGAAAUGAAGCCCUUAGUUGUGGAUUUCCCAAGUCAUGAUAGGUCAAUGUUAAAUGAGGGUUUGGUAGAGAAAUGGGAUGUAAGUAAUAUAGAGAUAUGACUGCAUUGCAUACCAAAAUGAAUUAAGACUUUUAACAAACUAGUUAGUCCACCUGCAUCUGGCCCAGAACCAAAAUCUAUCUAGGAGUUUGGGCAUCAAAGAUGGGAUUGAAAACUGGCACAAAUACAGACAAUCAAGAAUUUGUAGGACCCACUCUAAGGACUAUAUCACUGAGUUCUGACCAUUAAGUUGUUUACCUAGCCUUUAGGUACGUUUAUCCAGAUACUUGGCCCCUGAAAGGUAUGACCCAGGGGCUAGAAUAAAAUAAUAACUUAUGAGAUACGAUUUCUGGGAUGCCAGAGAUUCCUCUCCUACUACAAUUGCCCAGGGUCACACAGCUAGUAAGUGUCAAGUGUCUGAGGUCGGAUUUGAACUCAGGUCCUCCUGAAUCCAGGGCCAGUGCUCUAUCUACUGUGCCACCUAGCUGCCCCUCCUAACUAAUUUUUAAUCACUGAUUCAUACCUGGUGAGAAGGGGUUGGUAAUGCUAGUAUGCUGCCUUCCUGCCAGCCCCCUACUCAGAAUGAUGAUCUAAAGACCAUGUACCCCAUUAUUCUUAUACACACACACACACACACACACACACACACAGAAAAACUCACAAACCCUAUAUUGUGAUUCCUUUUCUAUCUGCUAUAUUGACAUUUCAUUGACUAUUGCACAGGUAUUUUAAGAACAUGACUAAAAACAAUGGUUUGAUGAUGGUAUCAUCACGUCAUUUAGAAUGGCCAGUAUCCAUAUGAAUUUACUCAGUCCAUGGACUCAUGUAGAAAAUAGUGUUCAUUACUGCUCAUAACUUCUCUAGGGUGAAAUCUAUCAUAUGUUCCAGAGAAUUACCUUUACCUAAUUCCCCAAGAGUUCCAAUUUUUGGUUACCCAGGACACCUAUUUUAGUGUGAAGGCAGUUGUUUUGAAUUGGUGAAAUGUACUCAAAAACAUAAAGAGGUAAAUGAGGUAUGUAGUCUGUAAGGGGCAAGGCUAAGGAAACAAAAAUGGGACCCUGCGUAACUGCUAGGAAAAUGAAAUAUUGAAGUUCCCAACAUUAGAAUAUUAGAGAAUGUCCAAGUUUCUUUCUCUUUCUUUCUCUCCAUAUCUAUAUACUGCAUGUAUAUUGGAGGAGAGGAGGCAUGGAUGGGCCAUAGCCACAGAGAAGGGGAAAAUCAAUUGAGAAGCAUUUGGUUAGUGGUAUAUAGACUGCCAACAUAUCUGCUUCUAAAGAAUGACAUCUAUAUUUCUUUAAGAAAAAUGAACCUAAUCUUCAUUACCCACUGAAUUUACUUAGAGGGCCACUAUAAACACAAAAGGUAUCCUUCCUAGAACAAAUAUGAAAAUUCAUAUGACAAGAACAACUUUUUCUUUCUUGUUUUUCAAAAAUUGGUGUCAUCAUUCCACUUAAGUAAACCCGUAAGUCCUUUCCAUGUUUCAAUCAUUGGCCAAUUAAUCAUGUUCUCAUUAUAAAGUGUCAUGUAAAUAUGUAUUUAAGAUUUAAAGCUUGAAUAUUAUGGAUUUAACCUUAUUGGUGUUACAGUUAUAUCACAUAUAUCCAUAUUUAAAGUCCUUUUAAAAUAAUGUUUAUAAUAUUGAUUCACUAGACUGUAUUUACACCUUCAGGAAUUUUUGUGUGGAAUUGCUGAUCCAUGGCCUUUCUGUGUACUUUAUCACGCAUGCUCAGUAAUUGUGUGUGAUCAGUAAAUUAUUUUGGCUUCUUGGUUGAAGACAAAUUAUCACACAUAUUUUCAAAGUCCAAUCCAUGAGAUUUUGAGUAAUAAGAAUGCACAACUGUAUCAGAAAUCAUAUAGCUCUCUUUGAGUUAAGAGAGUCCCCAAAUAAUUUUAAAGGAUUGAGCCUUCAUGGAACCAGUAGAUAAAUGCAUUUGGGGGUAGUUCUGGAGGUAAGUCAUCAUAGCCUAGUAACAAACAGAAUCUUUGGUGAUUGGUCAUCAUCUUCAAGGCUAGAUCAGAGUGGCUAUUUGGUGAUCCAUUAACUUAUGCCCAGCCAGCUGAAAGUGGUCUAAUGUAUGAUACUUGAUAGACCCCAUUCCAGAGUGCUUUGCAUCCUGAUCAUUUAACACUGGACUUAUUUUUAAAUUAUUAAUUGCAAUUGACCUCCCCCCCCACACACACACACCAUAUUUGAAAUCUGAAAAGUUUCCUCUCAAAUGAGUCUCUCUAAAACUUGAAAAUCCUGUUUGACAACCACUGUGCAAAUACAACCUAUCCAGAGUGUAACAAAUAGCCUUACUGGAGUCCAGUGUCUUGCCAAAGCAUUUCCCAGGGGAGAAUUUACAAAUUUCGGUAUCACGAAUUGCCUUGGAAGAUUGGGAAUAAAAAUACAAGUGGUGCCUUGAUUUACUCUUAUUUCUAAAUGGAACUUUUUUCCCCUCUAAAUACCAGAAUAAGACAUUGUUUUUAUUUUGUUAGGGACUUUGAAAAGAAGAAAUUCAAACCCCUAUUUUCCUAGUAGGCACUUCUUUACUCUGACACAAUUAUUACCACAAGAGUUUACAUGUCUUGCCUCAUUUAAAUAGAGAGCUGGUAAAUGUUUCAAUUGCUAAAUGUCUCAUUUAAUCCUUGAAAGUAAAGUUAGGAAGCUUAUUUUUUCUUCAUGAUUGGAGAAUUUCUAUCACUAGGGACCUUUAAUUCUUCCAAUUAACAAAUGGAAUAUCUAACUCAUUGGUUGAACAUUAGCCUUAGCCAUCUAGUGCUUUCAAGCAAUAGGCCAAAAGAGCACACCCAACUUCUUCCCAUUCUUUGAACUUUCACAGGGUUUGGGGGAAAUUCAUUUUUUAAAAUAUUGACAAGUUUGCAUUGAGCCUGGAGAAAUGGCUACAGUGAGUAUGUAAUUACAAAGGAGCACUUUUAAAAGACAGUAGAAGUUGACUUGUUAUUUUAUCGUUGCACAUGUAAAUCUACUCUACAUCUGAAGUUUUUUUUUUAAUAAGAAGACAUGAAGUAUGAAGUAAAAUGACUCAUGGGGACAAAAUCAUCUGGAAUUAUUUGAUUCUUCUAAAAUAUUGAAAACCAGAAAUCAUCUGAAUUGUGGGAGAAUAGAAAGCUAUCUUAACGUACCAAGUUCUUCCAUUAUAAUAAAUUGUGUACAAUCAUUAAAAACCUGGAAACCUGGCAAAUGAACGUCUGACUCUGGUCCAAACUAAACAUUACAUAAUGUUUGCUAAUGUUAUUUUAAUUGUGUUUUUUCCUAACUCAUGUUGUUUUCCCCCCUAAAAAUAGAGAUCUAUUGAAGACAAAAAUGAUUUUCAAAAUCCUCCCUUCAUUGAAUUAAAUACAUCUGAUAUAACCAUUUUUCUCAGUUGAAAUCUCACUGAGAUUUUUGAAUCCAAGGACUAUGCUGCCUGUUCUGUUUACAAAGGCUUGUGCUUUGUGAUCACAUAUCAAAUGUUGUAAUAUAUUUUUAUCAAUGGUGACUAUAGAAAAAAGUAUAUAUUGUGAUUUUUGUCAAACAAAGCUUUCUGUUUUAAAAAAAUGUGAUACCACUAUGUAAGGACUUGGUGUAAACAUUUUUAGAUAAAAGUUUGCAUUCAAAUAUGUCAGGGUUUUUUUUGUGACUUAAUGUUUAAAGUUUCAGGUGUAUGCAUGGAGCUAAAAUGGUAAACAAUUUGCGCAUUACCCUCUGAAAACCCUCCCACCUCUUUGACCCAUCUCACAUACUAAGGAUACAGAGACCACAGGCUACCCUGACUGUCUAUCCCAAUCUGAGGCAGCUCUAUCCAAAUCUACCCAACUCGUUAGUGUCUCACACUCCCCAACAAAACUCAGUUCCUCAUUUUCUAUUUCUUGAAUACCUUGCUAGGGGACUAGUCAGCUUGUCUGACUCGGGGAUAUAAUAAUAACAAGAAGAAGAAGAAGAAGAAGAAGAAGAACAACAACAACAACAACAACAAUAAUACUGAUAGCCAGCAUAUAUCUAGUGAUUUAAGGCUUGCAAAGGGCUUUACCAAUACUAUCUCACUUGAUUCUCACAAUAACUCUGGGAGAUAGUUAUUCUUAUUAUUCUCAUUUUACAGAUGAGAAAAUUGAGGCUGAGGAAAGUUAAAUGAAUUGCCAAGGGUCACCCAGCUAGUAAGUGUCUUUGGCUGGAUUUGAACCCAGGUCUUCUUGACUCCAUGUACAGAGCUCUACCUUUGAUGAUGAUGUGAUAUUGCUUGGUUUCUGUACCAUAUCAAGUCCA